CUCAAGGAGGGGAAGGGAACCGAAUGGCUCGGACGAAUGGAGAAAUAUUGGAUUCCAAAGAAUCGGGUUGAGAGAGAAAGAGAGUCGUGUCGACGAUUGGUUGGGUAGUUCAGCACCGUUCAGAUUUCGCCGAGUUUUCGGGGAAAAAAAAUAGAGAGAGAGUGUGUGUGUGAGAGAGGAAAGAAGAGAAGGAGAGAUCGUCGAUCCGCGGAGGAGGAGGAUGGCAGCACCGCCCAGAGCACGAGCGGACUACGACUACCUCAUCAAACUCCUACUCAUCGGCGACAGCGGGGUUGGGAAGAGUUGUCUCCUAUUGCGUUUUUCUGAUGAUUCAUUCACCACUAGUUUUAUUACAACCAUAGGGAUUGACUUCAAGAUUAGGAAUAUUGAACUUGAUGGAAAAAGGAUCAAAUUGCAAAUUUGGGACACAGCUGGUCAAGAACGUUUCAGGACAAUUACAACAGCUUAUUACAGGGGAGCCAUGGGCAUCUUGCUAGUGUAUGAUGUCACAGAUGAGUCUUCAUUCAACAACAUACGAAACUGGAUUAGGAACAUAGAGCAGCAUGCAUCUGACAACGUUAACAAGAUUUUGGUUGGCAAUAAAGCUGAUAUGGACGAAAGCAAACGCGCUGUGCCAACAUCGCGAGGUCAGGCAUUGGCAGAUGAGUAUGGGAUCAAGUUCUUUGAGACUAGUGCCAAAACAAACUUCAAUGUGGAACAGGUGUUCUUUUCAAUUGCUAGGGAUAUAAAGCAAAGACUUGCAGACAGUGAUACGAAAGCUGAGCCCCAAGCCAUCAAGAUUAGCAAACAAGAUGCAGCUGCAGCUCCUGGUGAUGCUCCAGCUAAAUCAGCUUGUUGUGGAUCUUAAGCUUUGUACAUAAAAGAAAUAGUUCUGGAAGCUUUACUCUGUGCAUGCUCGACGGGCUCAAAGGUUGGAAAAUCUUUUCAUACUGCCAGGGCCUACUUGCUGCACCGUCUGGAUUAUUGUUGCCUGUCUUUUUGGACUCUCUGGGUGUUCAUGUUUUCCACCUCAUUUUAUGUGCCAGACCCCAGGGAAUUUGGAAUCUGGAAGUCACCUUGUGUCUUUCAUUAUGUCUCUUCCCCCUUAUUUCGUCUUGGUAAUGGUCUAAGUGUUUUUUUUUUCUUCCCUAUCUUGCAUAUAUCUCAAGUGUCCCUUUGGUGACAAACUGUCAUUGCUCCCUGAAUAUACACAGGGGGAGACCAGACAAUUUUUGUAACCCUCUAAUAUGUAGCCUCUGUGCUGAUUAUUUUCUGGAACAUUAUGCUAAACUUUGAGUGAGUUGCUUGCA